AUGACUAAAGUUUCUCUUUUCUUCUCCUUCUCUUUCCUCUUCCUGUUAGCUACUUAUAUUCAAUGCUAUGAGGCCAAAGGUUUCAAUUCAUUAAGCAGGGAAGAAUUCUUGUUGUCUACACUAAGAUACACAAAUGUUGCAGAUGAUAUUGACACGACGCAACUUGUAUCAAGCUCGAAUAUCCCCACGUAUAUUGGCCCUCAAGAUGGACUCAAGGAGAGUGACAAGAUCGAAACCUUACCUGGACAAUCCAACGGAGUAUAUUUCACUCAAUAUGCAGGACAUGUUAGUGUAAAUCCAGUUACAGGGAAGGCUUUGUUUUAUUACUUCACAGAAUCUCCCCAAAAUCCUUCUUCUAAACCCCUUGUUCUGUGGCUUAAUGGAGGACCAGGUUGUUCUUCGCUUGGUGGGGGAGCAUUCGGGGAACUUGGGCCAUUUAGACCUGCCAAAGAUGGUAAAACUCUUAACGAUAAUCCAUAUGCAUGGAAUAACGUUGCGAAUAUAAUUUUUCUUGAAUCACCUAUUGGAGUUGGAUUCUCGUACUCAAAUACAAGCUCAGAUUAUGACAAUGUAGGAGACGACAGCACAGCGCAGGAUUCGUAUACAUUUCUAGUUAACUGGCUCGAGAGAUUUCCAGAAUACAAAACUAGGGAUUUCUACAUUACAGGAGAGAGUUAUGCUGGACACUAUAUUCCCCAGCUGGUUCAGCUUAUAGUACACAACAACCAGCGCACAAACCAAUCAAGAAUCAAUCUCAAAGGCAUUGCUAUCGGAAAUGCAUAUGUGGACUAUGAAGCAAAUUUGCAGGGAAUAGCGGACUACUCUUGGAGUCAUGCUUUGAUUUCCGAUGAACUAUAUAAGAACAUCUUAACAACCUGCAAUUUCUCUACUCCCAGUGCUACGUCAGAAAAAUGCUUUGAUUUAAUUAUCCGUCAAAGGAAUGAAGAAUCUGGAAACAUUUAUCCGUACGACAUCUACGCUCCGUUAUGCGGUUCUGGCACGCCCUCGUAUUCUAUCUCUGGAUAUGAUCCGUGCACUGCAGAUUAUACGUACACGUACUUAAACACUCUUCAGGUUCAGUCUGCUCUUCAUGCAAACAUAACUGCCACUGCUCAUCCAUGGAGGAAGUGCAACUUCACACUUGGUGCCGGCUGGAAAGCGCCGCCAACUGUUUUACCGGUCAUAACAGAGUUGAUGGGAACUGGUAUUCGCAUCUGGCUGUACAGUGGAGAUACAGACAUCGUAGUGCCAAUAACAGGAACACGACAUGCCUUAUACAAACUUGGGGUAACAGUUAAAACUCCUUGGUAUCCUUGGUAUCUCUCAGAAGAAUACGAGGUUGGUGGAUAUGUAGAGGAAUAUGAAAACAUAACGUUGGUGACAAUACGAGGAGCGGGGCAUUUUGUUCCCAGUUAUCAGCCAGCUCGGGCACUCGUGCUCUUCUCUUCCUUCAUUAAUGGAACGCUUCCCCCACAAAACACUAAAACAAUGGCUGAAGUCUCUCUUUUCUUCACCUUCUCUUUCCUCUUCCUGUUAGCUACUUGUAUUCAUUGCUAUGAGGCCAAAGGUGUCAGUUCAUUAAGCAGGGAAGAUUUCUUGUUUUCUAGGCUAAGAUACACAAAUGUUGUAGAUAAUAUUGAUAAGACACAGCUUGUAUCAAGUUCGAAUAUCCCUGUGUAUAUUGGUCCUCAAGAUGGGCUCAAGGAGAGUGACAUGAUCGAGACCUUGCCUGGGCAAUCCAAUGGCGUAAAUUUUGCUCAAUAUGCUGGACAUGUUACUGUAGAUCCAGUUACUGGGAAGGCUUUGUUUUAUUACUUCACAGAAUCUCCUCAAAACCCUUCUUCUAAACCCCUUGUUUUGUGGCUUAAUGGAGGACCAGGUUGUUCUUCGCUUGGAGGAGGAGCAUUCGGGGAACUUGGACCAUUUAGACCUGCCAAAGAUGGUAAAUCUCUUAACAGUAAUCCAUAUGCAUGGAAUAACGCUGCAAAUAUAAUCUUUCUCGAAUCACCUAUUGGAGUUGGAUUCUCGUACUCAAAUACAAGCUCGGACUAUGACAACGUUGGGGACGAAAGCACAGCCCAGGAUUCGUAUACAUUUCUAGUUAACUGGCUCGAAAGGUUUCCAGAAUACAAAACUAGGGAUUUCUACAUUACAGGAGAGAGUUACGCUGGACACUAUAUUCCCCAGUUAGCUCAGCUUAUAUUGCACAACAACCAGCGCACAAACCAGUCAAUAAUCAAUCUCAAAGGCAUUGCUAUCGGAAAUGCAUAUGUGGACUAUGAAGCAAAUUUGCAGGGACUAGCGGACUACUAUUGGAGUCAUGCUUUGAUUUCCGAUGAACUAUAUAAGAACAUCUUAUCAACCUGCAAUUUCUCUAUUCCCAGUGCCACGUCAGACGAAUGCUUAGAUUUAGUUUACGGUCAAAUUAGAGAUGAAUCUGGAAAUAUUUACUCGUACGACAUCUACGCUCCGUUAUGCGGUUCUGACACAACCUCGUAUUCUAUCUCUGGAUAUGAUCCUUGCACUGGAGAUUAUACGUACACCUACUUAAACACCCUUCAAGUUCAGGCUGCUCUUCAUGCAAACAUAACUGCCACUGCUCAUCCAUGGGACAAGUGCAACCUCACACUUAAUGGCGCCUGGAAAGUUCCGCCAACUGUUUUACCCGUCAUAUCAGAGUUGAUGGGAAGCGGUAUUCGUAUUUGGCUUUAUAGUGGAGAUACAGACAACGCAGUACCAAUAACAGACACACGGUAUGCCUUGUACAAACUUGGAGUAACAGUUAAAACUCCUUGGUACCCUUGGUAUCUCCCAGGAUACGAGGUUGGUGGAUAUGUAGAGGAAUAUGAGAACAUAACGUUGGUGACAGUACGAGGAUCAGGGCAUUUUGUUCCCAGUUAUCAGCCAGCCCGGGCACUUGUGCUCUUCUCUUCCUUCAUCAAUGGAACACUUCCCCCCAAUGACACUACACACUAGCCAGCUAGUUAACUAAUUGUACUCCAUUUAUCUCGUCACUUUUUCGUUUUACACCAUAAAAUAAAUUGGGUCGAAAAUAAAUUUAAAUAAUAUUUUUUUAAA